GAUAAAAUUUCGAAAGGUUCCGGUUCUCAGUGCACGUUGUUUUUGUUGUUGACUGUAAUCUGGCAAUAGUUUUACGUUUUGACUGCCUCAAAUAUGAGCCUAGGGGUGAAGAAAAAUGAGGUCAAACAGAUUACGGAAGCAUUAAAGAAAUUGACUAAGACCUCAGAUGAAUUGUUAGAUGAAGUAGCAGACAUAAAUCUUCAGUUUACAGUAAAGAAAAUUCCUAAACUUACAAACAAAACCAUUAAAAUAAAACUACCACAUGGAUUACAUAAAAAGAACACAGAAGUCUGUUUAUUUGUUAAAGAUGUAGAUAAAAAAAGUAGAGAGCAUGAAUUAACAUCAGAUCAUUUCAAAGAUUUACUCAAGAGUAAAGGGGUCACAUGUAUUUCAGAGAUUAUUCCAUUGAAGUCUUUGAAACUAGAAUAUAAACCAUAUGAAGCCAAAAGAAAUCUUUCACAGAAUUUUGAUUUGUACCUAGCAGACAGCAGAAUUGUCAGAUUACUACCAUCAUUACUAGGCAAAAGUUUUUAUGGGAGAAAAAGGCAACCAGUACAGGUGAACUUAAAAGCUAAUGACUUGAAGAAAGAAAUAACAAAUGCUGUAAAUAACACUAGAUGCAUUAUAACAGGAAGAGGUCCAGUCAGUAUGGUAAGAGUUGCCCAUUUUGACCUGAAAACAACACAGAUUGUAGAAAAUGUCAUGUCUGCCUUGGAACAGUUGGUUUCGGCUAUUCCAGGAGGUGCUGUCAACAUCAGAAAUGUUUACCUUAAAACUAAGGAUUCCAUGGCUCUACCUUUAUAUGUAUCAAUGGGAUCAAAUGAAGAGGUUAACUUGCCUGUAACAAAAAAGACAAAGAAAGAGUUAGUUGUAGAUGAAAUCACGACAGUAGAGGAUGGCAAGGUGGAGAUAACUCCUACAGGAUUUGUCAAAGUAGUCAAAGAGGGACAAACAAGUAGCAAAAUGACAUUUAAAAGAAGAAGAACAGGAAAGAAGGGACCUAAAUCACAGAAAAAGAAAAUGAAGUUAAAUAAAGCAAAGAAAACAUAAUCAAAAUAGUGUUAGCUCUUUAUUUGUUGUACAACUGUAAUAUGUUUAUAGCCUAGAGUUACAUGAAACUGAAUUAUGUAGAAAUAAUUUUGCAAUCAUAACAUCUCUUCAACUACUAAUACACUUGAUUCCACUCGUUAUCAUUUCGUCAUUUUGGUUAAUUUAUAGCAUUAGUGUGUUUGUUGUCCGUACCUUGAGCUAAGAAAGGAAUAUCUUAGUUGGAAUAAUUUACAUAUCCCUACAAAGGUAAAUUGACAAAUGGUGAUAUUUUUCUUAAGGAAUGGUUUAAUAAUGUACAUUAGAAUUCAGAGAUGCUUGUAUAUUUUUAAACAGAAACAAUGACCUUGUCAGUUAAACAAUUCAGGGAUCGAGUUUGCCUAUAAAAGUGUAAAUAUCAUCAAAAAUCAGUGUGUCAUAAAAAAAGUUUUACACUGGCAAUGGAAAUCAUAUGGAUCAAGCGGAUGUUCCUGACUAAUAAUAUUAAAGCAAAGAAAAAAUCACAUUUUAAGUAGAAACAGACGGAAAUAGUUUUUUUUAGAGAUUAUUGUAUUAAAAUGUCCUAAAAUGUU